CACACCGCUCAAAAAUCACUUGCCUCAUCCUGCCUGGGCCUUAGCUUGACAUCAAAAAUGCCUCAGUUACUGCGAAACAUUAACGGGAUCAUCGAGGCCUUUGGACGCUACGCCAGGACAGAGGGCGACUGUGCAGUGCUCACCCGCGGGGAGCUGAAAAAACUCUUGGAGCAUGAGUUCGCCGACGUGAUCGUGAGACCCCACGACCCGGCAACUGUGGAUGAAGUCCUGCGCCUGCUGGAUGAAGAUGGCACGGGGACUGUGGAUUUCAAGGAAUUCCUGGUCCUGACAUUUAAAGUUGCCCAGGCAUGUUUCAAGACCCUGAGCGAGAGUCCCGAAGGAGCUUGUGGCUCUCAAGCAUCUGGAAGCCUUGACCCUGGGGCCUCACAAGAGCCAGGAGGGAGACAGACAGCUGGCACCGAAGUGGGAGGGUCCGGGAAAGGGCAGCAUCACAAGGGGAACGACCACGGGCACAGCGAGCAGGCAUCCGGAGGGCAGGGCAGGAAUGGGACUCACACCCAAGGUCAGGACAUCAGCUGUGCGUGGGUCAGUAGCUACGACAGGCAAGCUGAGUCCCAGAGACAGGAGAGAACGAGCCAGCAGACACAAGCGCCUGGGCAUGGGGGGCAGACGCAGGAAGUAGUAGAAAGCAAGAGUCAUCAGACCAGAGAGACAAGGUCAGAGAGACAGUCACAGACCAGGGAGCAGGACAGAGCACACCAGACAGGUGAGAUCGUGACUGGAGCUGGAACUCAGACUCAGAUAGGUAUCACCCAGACUGUGGAGCAGGACAGGGACCAUCAGAAAGGAAGCACCAGCACCCAGACACGGGCUAGAGAACAGGGACAGACUCAGACACAGUCAGACGGUGGUGAAAGAUGGACACAGGUGAGUACCUAUGAGGCAGGAGAGACAGUGCUGGGAGGACAGGCCCAGACUGGAGCAAGCACUGAGCCAGGAAGACAGGAACGGAGCAGCACUCACCCAAGGUGCAGUGUGACAGGAGGGCAGGGAGACAUGGAGCCCGCAGUGGUUGGCCAGGAGUGGGUUGAUGACCACACAAGGGAGGUAGUGAUCCAAAGGCAGGACCAGGGAAGCCUGCACACCGGCGUUCCUUCAGCACAGGGCCAGGGUGCAGCCCAGCCAGAAGGCAAGCAAGGCAACGCAGCUACAAAGCUGUAUUCCUACUUCAGAAGCAGCAAGCCAUGACUCCCUCUGACACCAAUGCCCAAUACCAAAGGAAGACAGCUGGAGAGAGGUUGACUUGUCCUGCCCUGGCCAGUCCAGUUGGUACAUCCCUGGACAUCAGCUCUUAAUCAUGGUGCUUCCCUUUUAGGUCUUUCUCAAAUGAGAUCAUUUCUACAAGGUACUUUCUAUCUUAAAUUCUGCUUUUACCUGCUUUGCUGUGCAGACC